AUGGCUUCCGGAGUGAGAGCCUGCGCUACUGCCACGGCGGCGAUACAAUGGAUCUUACUGUCUGAUAAUGGCUUCCGGAGUGAGCCUGCGCUACUGCCACGGUGUCGAUACAAUGGACUUUACUGUCUGGUAAUGACUUCCAGGGUGAGAGCCUACUUCCAGGGUGAGAGCCUCCGCUACUGCCACGGUGGCGAUACAAUGGAUCUUACUGUCUGGGAUAAUGGCUUCCGAAGUGAGAGCCUGCGCUACUGCCACGGCGGCGAUACGAUAGAUCUUACUGUCUGGGAUAAUGGCUUCCAGAGUGAGAGCUUGCACUACUGCCACGGCAGCGAUACAAUGGAUCUUACUGUCUGA